AUGGAUGAUUACGAGGACUCUGGAGAGGUAGAUCUCGGGCUUCCAGAUGACAAUGAUGAUCACAGUACAUUGAAACCAUGUCAACAACGACUAGGUUUAUCUUCAAAAUAUGUCAGAGAUUGGACAAAAUCAAAUAUAUUUCGAGAGUUUUGCCAGAAUUGGAAUGAUGCGAUGAGCAAAACUUCUGGGGUGUCUCGCGACAAGCUGAAGUAUGUGCACAGAGAAGUCGCCAAUGGGUUUAGAAUCACCAUUCACAAUCCAGAUACAUAUCAGAUCCUUGGUUUCUUGGCCUUUGAUAAGAAGAGAGGAAUGGUAGAGCUGUGUAAUUAUAACAGCCAACUAGCCCGCGAGGUCCUCGAUAUGGGCGGUACAAGUAAAGCCGACGACGACGAAAUGGCAGGAACUCAUGGCGAAGGAUUCAAGCUUGCUGCGUUGCUUAUGAUACGAGAGGGUCAUCAGGCAGAAAUUACAGCAUCAAAGUUCUACUGGAAUUUUCGCUGGGGGACCAAAGAAAAGAAAACACUAUGGUGCUUUCUGAGCGAAGUCAAGAAGAAGCCUACCCAGCAAGAACUAAAUCCACAGACUACAAAAUCAUUGAUUUUCAGAGAGGCAAGUCCAUGGAAAGAUGUCUCUGUGAAGAUCGGGUGUGUUCGCGGAAAACAAGGGAAAUCAAUCACGGAAGCCGAAGUGAUGGGGUGGCUAAAAGUCUGCAUUCAUUUCGAUCGCCCCAAGGAAAUCGUAAGUACAUCAUCUGGUAAUUUGAUCUUGGACCCAAAUUUUAGAGGCAAGAUUUACUUGAAGGAACUCUUCCUAGAGAAAACAUCUAGAAUAAAUGCCUUCAGGUACGGAUAUGAUUUCUCACAGGGUCAUAUUGGGCGAGACAGAAAAGGGAUGGAAGAUCCCGAGCAAAUGGCAACUCUUUUGGCAAAGGUAUGGGAAGAGGCAGUCAAGAAGAACGGCUCCAGAAUGCUUGACAUGUAUAUUGACAUGCUAUUGGACUUGGAAGAGGCUUGGCAGGACAUUCGCAAUUCAGUUAAUAAAAUGACUCGGUACAUGGCCGAAGCGAUUUGGUCCAGUCUCCAACAGAAGGAGGAUAACUUCUAUUACGGCCCACAGAAUGCCUCCAAGGAUUCUGCAAUGAUCAAGUCAUUGUUGAAGAAAGAACCCGUUCUUUUGCCAGACACAUUAUGGAAACCGUUGACAAAGUAUAAGCUGCCUCAGACAUCAUUGGAAUAUAGAAAGAAUAUAAUGUGCAAUUCACAGACCGCAUCCAUUCUAGAUACGCCGUAUUGCGCAAGUCUAGCAAGAACUUUGCGGGUGGCUUUAGCGUUGGAUCCACAAACCCAACCUUUCUUGCUGGUGUUCAAGAAAGCUGGAACUUCUGGACUCGAUCCAUACCUAGAUAUUGAUAAUUCGAAGCUUCUUCUGCAUGAAAAAUGGAUGGAUUUUGAGAAAAGCCAUGGGGAGAACAGCACGGACUGUAUCCUAUCACAAAUGCGAAAUUCUGGAGAUGUUGAUCCGAUUGAAAUAUUUUCCUGCGACCACAUUGUUAUCGAAAUAUGCAGUCAAGUACUACAAGAGCUAGACAGGAUUAGAGCUGGUAAGGAUCAUAUGGGUGAUUGGAGCGUGAACUUGAAGUCACAAGUUGGCGAGUGCCUCAAGAACAUGUUGCGAGGAAUUCGAGCUUUUCCAGGUCCCAAGAAAGGAGAAAUAUGUGUAUCUUGGGAAGACAACGAAGCUGAAAAAUUAUUCAGACUUCAUCAUUUGAAACUUCAAUGCUGUGUUACACUACAUCGAGAAAGUACAUGCAGUCAUAGGCGGUCGGAAUUGUUAGCACGAGGGUGCAGGACUGCUCAUAAAGAUUCAAUCAAGAAUUUAGAUGAUGAAACCAGAACCGAGGCUUGUGGAUGUUCACAGAAAAUUGUGACCUGCACAUCUGUGGACAACAAAAUUACAUUCAGCGAUCUCAACCUGACAGAAUCUUAUUUCCCUAUGGUAUCUAGAGCACAUACACCAAUCGCGUUCAUUGGCUAUCCUCCUGCAGCUCAGAAGCCAGCUCAAAAUCAGUCAGUAAAAGUCGUCAACACGCUUCGAGGAACCUAUGUACGAAUGAAGCCGAGCCUUAAAGGGAAGGGGUCACAAGUAGCUCGAGCUAGUAACGAAAGAGAUAUAAGUGAAGCCCUAGGUAAAGUUCAGGAGACGAAGGCUGAGCCUAACCGCACAAAACAAACUCUUAGUAGUUAUGGAAUGCUAAGCAAGGAGCUCAAUCAAAAGGUCGUGAAUUUACAAUCGCAGAAAGAAUCCGCUUCAGCUGAUCUCGAUAAGGUCAAGGCCGAAAAUGCUUCCAAAAUAUCACAAAUACUUGAACUCUACGCCAGAAUUCAGGACCUUACGUCCCAUUUGAAUAACGCCAAGUUCGAGACGACAGCUCUCAAGACACAACUCGACACAAUUCAAUCUGAGAAAGAAACUCUGCAGCAAAGACUUGACGAUGUCCAAAUACAAACUAACUCCAGCCAUCGGGAUUCUGAAGCACAGGAGACCAUCAAUGACCUACAAAAUCGCAUCCGUCAAAUGAAGCUCAAAAUUAGAGAAUAUCAACAGAUUAAUGAGCAACUACGGGGAGACAACCAAGUGAUAGAAGCUCGUGCAAUAGAAGCAGAGAGCCAAAAAGCCGCCGCAAUUUCGCAGAGAAAUAAAUUCGUUAUCGAGAGAUACGAAGCCACUAUCCAAGGGCAAUCAUCAGUCAAAGUACGGCAACAUUCAAUAGACAGAGUUCAAUCACCGGGUAUGGACGCGUGGCGGGGAUUAAGAGAGGUAGAAGUCCGAGUGUGGAUGUGCGCAUGA